AAACACUCAUCAUUUGACACAACAUGGCACCAAAGAAAAAGAAGCCAAAGGAGAAAAAAGGCAAGGCUGGGGCUGUUGUCACUGUGCCAUUUGUCAGUGAGCGGGAGCAGUACUUGCAGAAGGAAUAUGCCAUCCUGACAGAGCAUGUGGACACGUACACACAGCGUGUGCAGCACUUCCAGGGGGAGAACGAGUUCCUGGACAAGGAAGCACAGCAAAUCCGGGAGAACAACAAAGCCUAUCUCUCGUACUUGAAUAAGCGCACCCUCCGAUGCCAGACUGCCAUUGUUACCCUAAAUGACCAGAAUCGUUCAGACCUAGCACAGGUUCGGAAGCAAAAGGAGCAGCUGAUCUCACAGUACACAGACAAGGAGAAGGAAGUGAAGAGCCAGUUGAUCGAAAUGGAGACCAAGUACUCCCUCAUGAAUAAAGAAGUGGAAGAGCUACAGCCCUUCAAAGAACUGCAGUUUGAGCAGCUGACCCGGAUCCGGGAGCUGGAGAAAGAGCUUCUGGCCAUGAAAAUCCAGCAUUCGGAGCAAAUGCACAAGGUCAAGAAUCAAUUCCUACAGCAGAAGGCUGAAUAUGAGCUGGAGUCUCAGCAGAAAGUCCAAACUCUGGCCAAGCUGGCAGAGAAGGAAGCUGUGCGCAGUCUAAUACAGCACACCAGGCAGGUGAAAGCAGAGAACUGGCGACUGCGCCAUGAACUGCUAAACCUCAUCAAACGAGCCGAAGUCUUGAAAGACUUCAUGAUCCAGCUGAGAGAACAGCAGCAACAGCUUCUGCGGGAGCACCAAUACAGCCAAGACCUGGCACGCAUGCGCCACUGGCUCAGGCAGCACGGGGCUCGACUGGUCCUCACUCCUGGCAGCAGCUUCAGAUGCAGCCCCUCUGCUAGGAACAGGACUCCAUCGCCUCACGAUGCCACAGGAAAGGGACGAGGCGGAUCCUCCAAGCAGUCCACCGACGGAGGAGAGCAGGACACCAGCUAUGGUUUCUAA